GAAAGAUUAAUUAAGGGCGUUUUAUUUGGGCUGUUGGGAUCCUAUAAAACAGCGAUUUCAGCGCUCUGGCAUCGGCUGCUUCUUCUCUCCUUAGGACUCGAGAUUUUUCCCGCACUUCACUUCCCAUUCUCUUCCCAUUCUUCUCUUCGUUUCCAUCUUUAAGCGAAGAUUCUUGGGCUUUUUUCGCUAGAUAUUUAUUGCGAUCUCUACUAAAUCAACUUCCAAUAUAGGAAAAACCGGUGAAGGAUCGAAGACUGAGGUUUAUACAAUUAGGAAGAAUCUAGUAUUUUAUUCCUCUUCCUAUUUUGCUUAUUUUCUUUCUGCUCCUUUUUUUAAGUCUUCGUCUUCCUCUUUAAGCCUCUUGCAUUCUUGUUUCUUCAGAGUUCUUUCUUCAUACACCAUAAAUUGAGCUUGCUUUGUCGAAAGGGUUUUGUUCAAAUCCUGCGAGGUGCAAUAUUUUUUCAAUUCAAUUUAUCCUUUUACGCCUUUUAGGCAGGUUUAUGAAUCAGCUUUCUCUUUCGUUAUCUCCGAGUAUUAGUCUUAUUCGUCUUCUUCUUCUUCACGGCUCUUUGCCUUUUUCUUUUCUGUGUUAUCUUUUUUUCUCUUUCUUUUGAUGAGAAUAAAGAAUCAGGGAAGUUAAGAAAACACUUCCACAAGAGGAGAUGAUGGACCACAGUAUCCUAUGUCCUAUGAAAUAUACAGAACACAGAAUAGUUACUAAGAAAUUCACAAAACCCUCCUUAAAGUCCAAAAAGGUCUCUGAUGAAAGGAGUAGAUUAGAGCACAACCCACCACGACUUGUACGGAUAUCAGUCACAGACCCAGACGCUACCGACUCCUCCAGCGACGAAGAAGGUGAGUUCUUUGCCCGCAAACGAGUGAAGCGGAAUGUGAACGAGAUUAGCAUCGAAGCUAGCUGCAAAGACACUGCUGCUGCCGUUUCCAAUGGGCGAAAAAGACCUGCUAGUGUGCUUCCAGCAUCCCACCGGCCAAUCAAACUCAAUACAGCAAAUACCAAUGGCAGAAAGUUCCGUGGAGUCCGACAACGGCCGUGGGGUAAAUGGGCUGCUGAGAUUCGAGAUCCUGCGAGGCGUGUGCGGCUAUGGCUAGGCACCUAUAACACUGCUGAAGAAGCUGCUAUGGUUUAUGACAAUGCUGCAAUCAAGCUUCGAGGACCUGAUGCUUUAACCAACUUCAUUACGCCUCCAGGCAGAGAAAAACAACAGGAAAAAGCUGAAGCAGAACAAGUAGAAGACAAGCCAAAAAUUAAUGUGACCUCAGCUUCUAGCAAUGAGUCUGGCGAUGAGUCUCACAAUCUCUCAUCUCCAACUUCUGUGCUGAACUUCAGAGCUCACUGCAGUGAAGAAUCUGAACUGCAAAAGCUGGUUGUACCGGUAGAAAAAUCAAACAUAAAAAGUGAAACGGUUAAAGAAGAGUGUGAACAGAAAACAAACGUAUCCGAUGAAUCAGCAGAGUAUCUAUUACCGCUGGACUUGCCAUUCUUGGACGAUUUCUUCAAUUUUUCAAGCACAGGACCUUCACUCUUCGAUGACGCGAUAACAACAAAAACAAACACCGUUUCAAGUGAAGAUUUCAGCGACAUAUCCCUGGACACACCCCAAGAAUUCGGAUCAUCUUCAUCAUCAUCCAUGUGCCAAGACGGCGACUUUUCCCAAGACAUCGGAGAUUUCUUUUUCUCGGAACCACUAGUUGCUCUUUCAAAUGUCUAGUAGUGACCAGUUGCCGCCGUUUUGCUUGCCGAUUUCACGGCAAAUUUUGUACUGGUGGCAAUUUUUUUACCUCUAGUUUUUUGUUCUUAACAUAAUAUUAGUAUAUAUUUAUUUGUUAAGAAUAUAUCCGUUCUAAAGACUGGACGGAUAAUCGAGUGAGCUUUGCUAA